UGAGUUGGUAUCAAUGAAUCGACAAUUCAAAUUCUGCGUGGUAUUAAACUCAAUUAGAGACAAUUUUCUAUCUAAAAAUCUAGAUGAAAAGAUUUACGAAUAAACUACAUUGAAAAGAGGCUAAUGGACAAAUUAACCUUUCAGACAGUGUCGCAGAAAGCAUUUGCAGAUCCUCGACCCGAAGUGUCGUAUCGAAGUGUUGCCCUAAAGGGACAACCUGGCCACGUGAAUCCGGCUGACGAACGGAACCUGUGCCGCUCCUGGAAGCCAGGUGGGAGAUGGUCUCGUAGUGAGUCGGGUGCCCACUAUUCCCUUGGCUACCGAGAAAAGAACAAAGAACAGGACGUGAACACAUCUCAAGUGCUGUCCAACAUGCCCAUGUUCACGUACAGACCAGGUCCACACCAGUACUGGGAAGUGGAGAAACCAAAAAAACUGCUCUGAUUUUAAACUAUCAAUUAAAGACAAAAAUAUAACAAACUAUUUCACCUGAAAUCAAUUUACGCUGAUUAUGAGGUUUGAAAACUUUCAGCUUGUGACUAUAAAAGCGCGCUAUAUCGCUGAGCUUUUCCAUUCCUUCCAGUUCUGAUUUUUAGAGAGUGCUCUGCAAACAUAAGCCUAGUAUCGUAAUUUGACCGCUGCAAUUUUUUUGUGCUAGAAAUGACUUCCAAACAUAUAUAUGAUAACAAAUGAAACUGAAAAGAAUUGAAUGGUUUCACGAAUUCUGCAUUUGUAUUUUUGUUUGUGUAAUGACUUCACUUGCAAACAAAUUAUUAUUAUUAUAAACAAAAGUUAUCAAAAAGCUACGAACUUUUUGUUUCAA